AUGGCUUCCGAUCAGGAGAGGCAAAACAGCCUUGUCAUCACAUCAUGUUUCUUCACAUCGCUCUCAACCGUAGUAGUAAUAGCACGUACAUUUGUCCGAACCGUUCUCAUUCGAAAACCUGGCCUUGAUGACUACUUCAUAAUACUUGCCCUGGUCUUCACGCUAGGGUACCUCGCGGAGGUAUUCGUUGGCAAGGCCAACCACAUAGGCUUUGCUUCAAGCCAGCUUUCUUUCGACAACAUGACGAACCUCCUCAAGACCACCCUCGCGAUUGAAGCCACGUAUUACGUGUGCAUAUCAGCCAUCAAAAUAUCGAUUUUGUGCAUGUAUCUCAGGUUUGCUGUGUCGAGGUCAUUCAACAUACUGUGCAUAUGUACCAUCGCGUUUCACGCUCUAUUCUUCGUAAUUUGCAUCGGCGUUACACUAUCACAAUGCCAACCUCUCUCAAAGCAGUGGGAUCUAACAGGAACUGUCGACGGGAUGUGCAUCAACACUACUGCAUUCUUCUACUUUACAUCUGGCUUCAACAUCCUCACCGAUAUAUGGAUCCUCAUUCUCCCAAUAAAGACCCUCUCCGGUAUUCUGCGUCCACGCCGAGAAAAAAUCGCCCUCGCCAUCAUCUUCGGUGUUGGCGCAUUCGCCACGAUAACAUCAAUAAUCCGACUUCAUACCAUAUACACCUACACCCUUGCCAAAGAUCUGUUCCAAGAGAGCAUUCUCGUUAAUGUCUGGUCCAUGCUGGAGAUCAACAUCGGCAUUAUCUGCGCCAGCGUCCCCGCUCUCAAGCCCCUUUUCACCCCACGAGCCCUUCGAGACGCUGUCAAUCGCAACAAGAAGACAGGAUACCAAUACCACAGCCAAGAUAGAUCCGGGUAUAACUCGAACAGGUCGAAUGACUCGAAGUCGGGAGAUCGCGAAAACCAACAAGCUUACGAUUUGGAGCGAAUCGGAGGAGAGCACACGACCAAGACCGUGAUUCAAAGCAUGCCCCAUUCUCCAGGAAGUGAAAGCGAAGAGAGUAUUUGGAGAGGAUAA